AAAAUCAGGAAUAGUGAUUGACACAAAGUCGAACUGAACACAUCAGCCAGAAUAAAAGUAAGACAAAGAUGUUUUAUACUGAAUUGUCUAUCGCUUUAUUGUGCUUUAUCGGUUUUGGACGUGCACAAAAUCAGUGUGCAACGCCAGGUGAAAAGUGUGUCGAUAUACGCCAGUGUUCCGUUCUUGAUAAUUUAAUAAAAAAACCAAAUCUAUCGGAUGCUGAAAUAAAACUAAUAACUGAUAGUCAGUGUGGUCACAUCUUUGGCUAUCCAUGGGUUUGCUGUCCGUUAGCCAUUCCAACACCAAGGCACGCUGCAGUCGAAUUACCUAAGCCAGGUGUUUGUGGAAGUCAAAUAGAUCCUCGUAUCGUUGGUGGUGAAACUGCGCGAAUAGAUGAUUUCCGUUGGAUGGCUUUAAUCGAAUACACAUUCGCAAAUGGCCGCAAAGGGUUCAGAUGUGGUGGUAUUCUUAUAAAUGAAAACUAUGUCUUAACAGCAUCGCAUUGUGUGAAUGGCAAAGCUUUGACACAAUAUCAUUGGACCCUAUCAGGUGUACGGCUUGGCGAAUGGGACACUACAGAAGAUAAGGAUUGCGAAGAAGGCCUUUGCUCAGAUCCAGUUCAAAAUGUUCGUGUGGCAGAACGCAUUCCACAUGAAGAUUAUAAUCCAAAUUCGGCAUCACAAGAAAAUGAUAUUGCUCUGUUACGUUUGGAGCGACCGGUGAACUAUACACAGUGGAUUAAACCCAUCUGUCUUCCAACAUCGAAUGACGUGGCUGAUAAAAACUUUGACAGACAACAAUUGAUAGUGGCCGGGUGGGGUCAAGCAGAUAAUGGCCAGAGCAGUGAUCGAAAGAUGAAAGUUGGCGUAAAUGGCGUUUCAUUGAAUGAGUGUAACUUAAAUAAUGUAUAUCGUCGACAAGGUAUUACUUUGACCAGCAAACAGCUGUGUGCUGGCGGUGUGAGAGGAAAGGAUUCGUGUAAUGGUGAUUCUGGUGGACCGUUGAUGGUAAAGCAUGCACGUGAUUCAGAUCACAUUGAUUAUUACUUGGUAGGUAUUGUUUCUUUCGGUCCAAAACCUUGUGGAAUGCGAGGAGUGCCAGGAGUGUAUACAAGAGUUGACCAGCACAUGGAUUGGAUUAAGGCCAACAUUAGACCAUAAUCGCACAAUGAUGAUAAAAUCUAGGCAGAUAAAUAAAUGUUCUGUUUUCAAUGCACCACAGUUAUUGCCGUUUGAAACUACAUUGUCUUUUUCUUGGCAAAUACAUAGUCAAAUAAAGAGCCACUUUUAUCGUUUCUAUUCUGUAA